AUGGCACUAAUUUCUGACAUUAUUCUCUCAUUAUGCAUUGGUUGGUUGCUCUUAGCUAUAUAUCCUACUGGCCAGAAUCAAGGACAAAUGCUACUCUGCAAAAAUCUGUUCUAUGGCCGCAAUCUCCUCUCCUUCACUGAAACGGCCACUUCUAUGUCAGAGCUCCGGCAAGCUCACGCUUGCAUGCUCAAAACUGGACUUUUCUGCCACCCUUAUGCCGCCAGCCGCCUCCUAACGGCGGCGGCCACGACCAUCACUACUACCGCCGACUCUCUCUCAUGCUUUGCAGAAGCGCGUGCUUUGCUUGAUAGGUCACUGACCGAUGAUGUGAUUGCAUGGAAUGCAUUCUUGAGUGUUUAUACAGAACUGGGUUUGACUGAGUUUGCACGCGAGCUGUUCACUGAAAUGCCUGAGAAGAAUCUCGAGUCUUGGAAUUUUAUGCUUUCUGGGUAUGUGAAAUGUGGGUUGAUUGACGAAGCAAGGAGUGUUUUUGAUAAGAUGAGAUCAUAUAUGGAUCCUGAUGAUUGUACCCUUGUGAAUGUUCUGUCUGCCUGUGCUGGUGUUGGAGGUUUGAGUCAAGGGAAGUGGGUUCAUGCUUACAUCCAUAAGAACAAAAUUGAGGAUUGA